AUGGCAGCAGGAAACUCAUUCGGCUGUGGUGGGUCAAAUGUGCAAGUUUUUCUUAGUGAAGCUACAUUAACGCCAAGCUUCGAAGUUGAAAGCUUCAAACGCAAGAAUAAUGUUAUCACAAUUACAGCACGUUCUUUAAAAGCUCUAAAGAAGCGGUCACAUCUCUACUGUGAGUGGAUUAAAGACAACGCUGAAGAAAUGGAUGAACAUUUUGUGGAAAACUUAUGUUACUCUUUCAAUGAACACCGAAGCCUUUAUCCACAUCGCUUAGCACUUACCUUUGGAACCGCUUUCGAAGCAUCCCACUCACUAGAAGCUUUUGCUGAUGAAUUCGCUGGUUGGCAAACAUUCGUCGCUUACGCCAAAGUGACCUCAAGUGAUAGAAAAGUUGUUUUCAUGUUCGGGGGUCAGGGAUUAGAGUGGUAUGCCAUGGGAAGGCAGUUAAUGGAAUAUGAAACUGUUUUCAAAGAAGCUAUUUUAACAGUGGGAAGAUUACUAAAAGAUAUGGGAGAAACGUGGUCACUUGCAGACGAACUGAUGGCGCCAAAAGACGUCUCACAAAUGACAGAGUGCUGCAUUGCCCAGACAGCCACCUUUGCUGUCCAGUACGCAACCGCACAGCUUCUUAAGUCCUGGAAAAUUCUUCCGUCUGCUGUUAUAGGUCAAAGUUUUGGAGAGUUGGCAGCUGCCUGUGUUUCUGGAAUCAUAACUGUCAAGGAGGCACUUCAGCUGGUUGUAAUUCGCUCCACUCUUCAUGAUAGCUGCCCAAAGAAUGGAGGAAUGGCUGCCCUGGGCUUGUGUGAGGCAAAAGCCAGGGAUUUACUUUUAAAUCUAAGGUUAAACGCCACCCUUGACAUAGCAGCAGUUAAUGAUGCAGACGGUGUUACUGUAGCGGGUGAUUUGAAAUUCAUCGAAGCUCUGGGGGAACAUCUAUCGGUGAACGCAAGAGAUGUUUACUGGCGCGUUUAUGGAACAAAUCGUGCAUUUCACAGUUCACAGAUGGAACCCAUCAAAAUCCCUUUUCAGGAAGCUUUGAAAAGGGUUCAACUAAAGCCUCAGUUAUCAAAGAUUCCGAUGUAUUCUUGCGUUGAAGGCGAAAUUGUCUCAGGUCAGCAGUUAAACAGCGAUUACUGGUGGCGAAAUAUACGCUGUCCUGUUCGCUUCUAUUCAGCAAUGAAACACCUACUACGGGAUGGUUACAAGCAGAUAAUUGAGAUAAGCAUGCAGCCAUUUCUUUUCCGCCACGUGAACCGGAUAGCUCUUCAGGAAAAUCUAACGGAACGGGAAAGGCCCGUUGUUUUUACAACUCUUCCUCAUAAGACAGUGCCAAUCGAGGACCAACACAAAUAUUUCCUUCAGAACACGGUAUGUAAAUUGUUUACAGUGGGAUUUCCUAUAGACUGGAACUCGGUGGAGGGGAACCGAUCAGCGAGGUUCAUCCGGUCCGAAACAUCUCCACGGCUGGAAAGCAGCUCUUGGUACAGGGAACAUCCACCACAACCAAAAGAGCAACCAAUUAGUUCCAGAGAAACCAUUAAGAGGCCAACUCAUCCUUAUCUAUCAAAAGUCAAAACGACCGACUUAUGUUUAAGACUACACUGCUGGGAGACUGAGAAUGAUCUAUUAAACAUUACAUCUCUGAAGAACCACGACCUAAUCGAGGGAGGUGCCGUUAUGUCUGGGGUUGCUUACCGGGAGAUGGCCUUUGCAAUGGUAAAUGACAAAUUUGUUCAUAUCCUUAGCUUGGAUCUGGGUAAUGUGAAGCUUUCAAGUCCUCCCACUCUUCCAAAAACACAGGUAACUACAAAAGACUCGUAAAUUCGAGUCAAACUGUAGAAGAUAAAAUGAGUUUACCUUGCCUUAGGUUUUUGUAAUUUAGGUUGGAUCCUUAAGUCCCCGCCUUUUAACGACAGGCAGCAGUGAGAAUUGGGGUGAAGUGCGUAACCCUGCUGCUCCGUACGUUCAGCUGAUCGUCAAAGAACAGCGCCAUGGAUCGUAUUUUCUCGGAGAAUAUUCAUAUGGAAGGUUCCAGAGUGUGGAGUAUCCUGUGAUUGACACACUUCCCUGGUCAUCGCGUUCACAGAAAAUAACCAUUAGGUUAUUUUCCAUUACGAAAGACGGACGACUGACAUCGCGACACGUUCAGGUACGUACAAUAGCUCAAAAUUACUUUAAAUCAUAUUAUGUUGAGCUAUUGUCUUUGAAAUAAGUAAACCUCUCGUUCACAGACACCUUCAAAGAACUAUCUCCUACAUAGUUCUCAUUACUUUCGCCUCAUCUGGUGACUUAAUGUUUAGAGUGAUUAUUAUGUAAUCAUGAUUUUUAUCACGUGGAUUUCGAUAUCGCGGAGAUAAGUGAAUCUUUCUCGGUCAUAAAUAUGUUUGUCUUACGGGAGCUAAGUGUGACGGUGAAUGUCAAAUGUCUCCCCAUAAGUGGACCGACUUGAUAACCAUAAAUUUCAAUCGGCCUAAAGCUAUUAAGUGGCUUUGUUGGACAUUAACAGAUGUUGUUGAUCUCUAUUUAGCUCCAAUUUAAAGGCUAUUUGGAAAAACUUGCAGUAGUAGACAAAUGAGAGAGAUACACUAUCAAGACUGGAUCAUCGAUAAAUUACAUAAUAAGCUAUACUAAUGGUCUUACUUCCUACAUUUUAAAGACUCUAAGAGAAGCUCUCCUGAAGAAUCAAACUAUUUUCAAUAAGGAGUACCAAGAAUGGCAGCCUGCUGAGGUAAGAGGUACUCUCACUGAAUAAGGAAUAUCCCCAAAGUAAGUUAUUCAGGGGCAAGCUGUGCAAAUGCCAUUAGCACAAGGAGAAGAGUACCAAGCCAUAAAUUGGAGACAUGCUUACAAAAGGAAAAUAACUUAGACAGCAUUUUUGCAUGCUUUAUCUUCAAUAGGUUCGAGGUCCUCUCUCAUUUCUAAAAUGUCAGAAGAAUAGAUUUUUGCCACGUAAUCCCACAACAUAUGGCAUCGAGGAAGUCUGGAGUCAGUUAGUAGAUAAAUGUAGCACAGUACUCGUUUGUCAAGGUGAUCAUUACUCCCUUAGUGAGUUACCUCGAGCGCAAGUAACAGGCAGUAUCUUAGCAACUGCCCCGGCCAUCGACUGCCACAUGUUGCUACCAGAAUUGCCCACACUUCCAAGAAUGUUUACCCAAAUACGUGCUGUGGAGAAACUUUCCGACGGUGUACAUGUAGGCGUGUUCCUUCACUCAAAGAGAGGUAAUCUAAAAAGAAACGCCUGGACCUUUAAUUAAAGGAGCAUGAUUUAUUUUUUUUCUUUCAAAUAUGAUCAGUGUCCAAAUUCAUGCAGGAAUUUCGUUUGUUUCACUGCUCCUCUAAAAAUCCACUUUGGCAACGAAAUUGACUUUUUCACUAGCUUUUCCCACGCCUCUAAUUUUUUUUCAUUUUUUCAUGGUUGGCCAUUUCAACCACAGUUUAUGGUUUUGGUUUAACAACUUACGAUCAAAAAGUACCGUAAAAGAAGGUUUUACAAAACUAAUCCAUGAAUUAGAUAUUUUGCCUAUGGUUUCUCAGGGUUUCUUUCUUUCCAAUCAACGAAUUAAAAUUUCCAGAGAUCUGCCACGAUAAAGAAUAUGAUAAGACGGAUAAAAGUAUCCUGUUUAAAUCCCAUUCUCAACUUCUUUCUGUUGUAUUAGGCAACAAAAUGCCGCGUUACAGAGACCUAUUUUUCCGAGAAGAUUUCCACAAACUUGAGUUGAGAUCAAAACCUGGCGAAAGAGAAGCGAUUCAAAACGAGGAAACUAAAAAAGAUCAUGGAUCUGAAAGGGUAACGAUACUCUUUACUUUAGGUUACGUUGUCAAUAUUUUUGUCUAAGACUAAAUAUUCCGCUUGGGACAAAUUUCAAAAGAUACGACACAUGCUUCCUUGUAAAGAGAGGAUCAAGCAAUGAAAACUGAAUCCCAGCCCAUUCAGGUCUUAUCCCUUCGAAGUAACGCUCGGAAUCUGGACGUGUCACCUUCAUCUCGUAUUUUGCCUCAAUGAACUAAUCGGUAAAAUAUAGCCCAAGUGGAAGUUAGAUUCCCUCAGGCUAAACGUAUCUCGUCUGUUACCUAAUCCUUUGGAAUAAAAGAUUAGGUCUGAUUCCUUUCACGUUUGUUUUCUUUUCUUUUUAGGGAGACAUUUGACAUUCACCGUCACACUUAGCUCCUGUAAGACAAACAUGUUUAUGACCGAGAAAAAAUCGUUGUUGUUUUUUUUUUCUAUUCUUAAACUCAUGAUCGAACCAAAUUUUUCUUAAAAUGAAAUCAACUUUAAUUUCAGAACCUUACGUGGUGCAGCCAGGAAGGAUCUUCUCCAAUGCCUUGAAGUAA